GUGUACACCAGGAAGGGACGCAGAAGAGGUGGCAGUCACUGGUACUCAGGUCCGCUGCUGCGAGCAUGGCGGCGGGCGGGGAGUCUAAGCUGCAGCUGCUGCGGAGCCACAUCCGCGCGUUCCCGGACUUCCCGAAGAAGGGCAUCGUGUUUCGAGAUAUCUGUCCCAUCCUCAAGGAUGCAGCCGUCCUUAAAGCAGUAAUCGACCUGUUUGAAGAACAUGUGAGGAACAGUCAUCAGCACGUUGAUCUGAUUGUAGGUUUAGAUGCUCGUGGCUUCCUGUUCGGGCCUCUCCUCGCCCAGAGGCUCGGUGUCGGCUUUGUCCUGGUCAGAAAGAAAGGCAAACUCCCUGGACCCACUGUUUCUGUAGCAUAUGAUCUGGAGUAUGGCAAGGCAGAAGCAGAGAUGCAGGUGGAUGCAGUCGCUCCAGGACAAAAGGUGCUGCUAAUUGAUGACCUUCUGGCUACUGGAGGGACACUGAAAGCAGCCUGUGACCUGAUGAGGAAGAUGCAGGCCGAGGUUCUGGGCUGCAUGGUGGUCAUUGAACUCAAAGAGCUAAACGGCAUCGACAAAGUCCAACCACACAAUGUGUUCUCCCUGGUUCAGUAUUAAGGACACUCGAGCCGCUGCUACAUGGGAAACACCAGAACCUGGCAGAUGUGCCAUUCAUUCUGCCUCCCUGGUGACAUCAGCGCUCGUGAGCUGAUACUGCGGCCUUACCCGCUGUGGUCUGGUCUCAUGGCCCGACCCAGCUUCAGCCUCACAGAUGUGCAUGUGUCUCACUGAUGUAUGUGGAGCUGCCACGUCCUGAGCCUCGUUGCUGCCAGGGUUCCAGCCGGUUCUCCUGCUCUAGAACGUUUACCUGUUUCAAUAAAAUGGUUCUACUCGUCUGUCUGCUGUCGUAUGUGA